UGUAUUUUCCCAUACUUCAGCGCUAUGUUUGUUUUUCUGCGACCUAAAAAAUGUUGUUUUUUCUUUGUCUCAUGAGAAUUUCGGCGAACGUUUCAAAGCUGCCCACCUGCCGGCGCGAGAGCCAAGUCGAGUGCGCGCCAAGCGCUCAUUGUCCUGUUGUGGAGAACUGCGCGUGCUCAACACGAUCCCUCUCCAGCUCUCUCGGCAUUCUUCAUACAGACAAGUGAAGAACACAACAGAGCAAGAACGCGGGAGCAAAUACGGAGAGAGAGACUUUACCUUCAGACUUCCGCGUGAGGCUCCUGCUAGUGCUCUUGGCGCCCCCUGCUGGAGCGGGUGAGUGGGAUGCGAUGACCCUGUGCGGCAGGAAGGCGCUGACCCUGCUCAGCAGCGUGUUUGCCGUGUGCGCCCUGGGCCUGCUGGGCAUCGCCGUCAGCACCGACUACUGGCUCUACCUGGAGGAGGGCGUCAUCCUGCCCCUCAACCAGAGCACCGAGGUACGCAUGUCCCUGCACUCGGGCCUCUGGAGGGUCUGCUUCCUGGCAGAGACAUCUGCUGCCGAGCGAGAAUUUCCCACCAGUAAACCAGGGGAGGAGAAGGGCCGCUGCUUCACCAUCGAGUACGUCAUGCCCACCAACGUCCAGAUGACCUCAGAGUCCACCGUCAGUGUGCUGAAAAUGAUCCGCUCAGCCACGCCUUUCCCUUUGGUCAGUCUCUUCUUCAUGUUUAUUGGCUUCGUCCUGAGCAACAUCGGGCACAUCCGCCCCCACCGCACCAUCCUGGCCUUCGUCUCCGGCAUCUUCUUCAUCCUCUCAGGUCUAUCCCUGGUUGUUGGCCUGGUCCUCUACAUUUCCAGCAUUAACGAUGAGAUGCUGAACAGGACCAAGUCCAACGAGGCCUACUUCAGCUACAAGUACGGCUGGUCUUUUGCUUUCGCCGCCAUCUCCUUCCUGCUCACAGAGACGGCUGGCGUGAUGUCCGUCUAUCUGUUCAUGAAGCGCUACACAGCCGAGGAGAUGUACCGGCCGCACCCCGGCUUCUACCGGCCGCGCCUGAGCAACUGCUCCGACUACUCGGGUCAGUUCCUGCACCCGGAAGCCUGGACGCGCGGCCGUAGCCCCUCGGACAUCUCCAGCGAGGCCUCGCUCCAGAUGAACUCCAACUACCCCGCCCUGCUCAAGUGCCCCGACUACGACCAGAUGUCCUCCUCGCCCUGCUGAGAUGCAUCCCUCUCUUCCUCUCUCUCUCUCACUCUCGCUCGCUCCCUCGUGCCCUCUCUACAUCUGUAGCUCUAUCACUUCCUGUUUCUCCCAGUCUAUUCUUCAUCUCUGUGUGUCUCUCUCUCUCUCUCUCUCUCUCUCUCUCUGUCUCUCUCCCAUUCCGCAUUGCACAGGUGGGGCCGGGUUGGACGGGACUGUUGGGAGAGUUGUGGUCUGGGAGUAUUGAAGUGGGGAGGUCAAUAGUAAAAUGUUCUAUCCCGCGAAGGCCGUUAGCAAGGGAGCGGCUGGCUCUCAUUCACCACCUUAUGUGACAGCCUUUUUUAAAUCAGUAGAGACUUCCUUAAUGGGCGCAAGAGAAGUUAUGUUGACGUGUUAGCAGAUGGAGUGAUAUGUCUUCAGUCGUUGGUCAAACAUGGUGAUGUCAUGUGGCUAGCAAUCUCUUAGUUUCACCACCUCUAGCUACUUCCUUGCAGCUGGGUGGCUGGCUUCUUUGUAACAACGGAGGCUCUCACCCUGGCUGUGUUAAUAACUAAUAUUUAUUCUCACUCUGACACACACACACACACACACACACACACACACACACAC